CUCAUCGAUCCCGAGACACAAGCUGCCCGAUCGCCUUCAGUAUGGCAUCCCUGAUUGGCCAGAACUUGGGACGAGCAGGGCUUCACCCAUCCAGCCAUGGGCACCUGGCACACAACGCGCCUCAACUUCAGCCCAGCAUCCCAGCCCUGGGGCAGCCGUUGCAGCCGUUGCGCGCGCCUUGAUGGAGUUGCCGCUGAGAACUUUGCACGAUAACGAUACAGCUCUUUUGCCUCUUCUCCAGGUCCUGAAUCAGGCAUCGAAUGUGUGUGCCGGGGCAUGGAAGUGUGGAAGUAGGGUGAACCACUCGGGCCUUCCAUCGCCACUCAAGAAACUUCCAGGUUUGAACCCGGAGGAUGGAAGGUACGGGAGUCGUUUAGCAGGCCGCUCUUUCCUCGGAUGUUCUACAGUGCCUAGUGCCUGGUGCCUGGUUUUAGCUGCAAGGCACGCUUUCCUUUUUCGUCUCGUCUCUGCCCCGUGCUCUCACCCCGUGUUGAGGUCAUCCAGGAGCGUCCCAGGGUCCCUGCCAUCCCAACUUCAAAAAAAGUUUGAUGUGGGAUUUCGGAUUUCAAAUUUUGACUUCUGCAAGGGACAGGCUUCUGAGGUUGCAUCUCCAAUCCCCCUCUCUCCCGUUCUCCUGUCAGACGACUUCAACAUUCCCACCUCCCACUCCCCCGUUCUGCAUCACCGGCCCCCUGCUCCGCGUUUGAGACCCGUGGGGCCGCACACCCAUUUCUCUUUCUCCGGGCCUCCUGCCGCACUGCCCGGGAUCUGUCGACGUUCCUGGUCGCAGAAAGCUUGGCGGUAACCCUUGUUGGGGCAUGCUGGGGCAUGCUGGGGGUGCACUCCGGAAGAGCUCGAAACCGCUUGGCUUGCCGGGGGCAUGAGAAACACUGGCUUGGCAUUCUCGUCGGAUCGCCGUCGCAGCACCUUCCCUGUUCCCGUCCUGGCGGCUCGUCUCUUAUAACAACUCCCGCGGUCUCGAGAACUGUCCUGGCCUUUUUCUUUUCGACCAUGUCCCAUUCUCACUCAGUGCGGUGGUAGUUGUUUGUCU